AAUAUUCAUUACCUACAGUAUUACUAAUUUAUUUGAUGGUAUUUAAGUGGUAUAGAAUUGCUUUGAUGUUGAAUCUAAAGCUCUGUUUUCAGAUAUUCUUCAUUCUUAUUUGAAAUUUAUUUUGGGGUGAUAUGUAUUGGGUAACUUGAAAAAACAAACAAAAGGGAUCAUGCUGUGUAAUACUGAUGUUGGAACUGGAUUGCCUGACACCUGCCUCCAGGACACAUGUUUCAGGUUUUCACUGUGUGUAGCUUUGUAGUGCAGUGAUUUAAUCCAUGGUAUAUCUGAACCCAUAAUAAAACACUGAACUCUAAUAGUGUUUUGUUGUAUUUGAGUUUGUUUUCAUCUAUGCAGUGCACCAAAAUCGGUAGGAAUUGUGGAACUGGGCUAAUACCACAUUACCAGUGCUAUUAUUUAAGGCUGUUCUUUUUCAUGAUAAAGCCUCAAUCAAAAGGAGGAAAUAUCUAACCAAUGAUUUAGAGCACAGUCUGAGCAUCAAGGGGCAAAAGCGAAGAAAAUAGUGUAAAAUUCCAUUAUAAAAUUGACUAGCUGUACCAUGGAUUGGAAACCCUGGUGGCAUAGUGGUUAAGUGCUAUGGCUGCUAACCAAGAGGUUGGCAGUUCAGAUCUGCCAGGCGUUCCUUGGAAACUCUAUGGGGCAGUUCUACUCUGUUCUGUAGGGUCACUGUGAGUCAGAGUCUACUCGACGGCAUUGUGUUCAGUUCAUUCCAUGGAUUUAAGGAGCCCUGGUGAUGCAGUGGUUUAGUGUAUGUCUGCCCACCAAAAAGUUGAUGGUUCAAACCCACCAGCCACUCCGUGGGAGAAAGAUGUGGCAGUCUGCUUCCAUAAAGAUUACAGGCUUGGAAACCCUAUGGAGUGGUUCUACUCUGUCCUGUAGGGUCGCUAUGAGUCAGAAUCAACUCGAUGGCGAUGGGUUUGUAUUUUGGUAUACCAUGGAUUUGGCAAUACCAUGACUAUAAUUAGGCCCUUUGUCAACUUAAUUAUGUUCUGUUUCUUUAAAAUGUAUGUGUGUCAUUCUCUCUUACUUAUUUGGUCAAUUCAGUUGUACCUUCUGCAUCUGUCCUCCACUCUGCCUCCUCCCUAAAAUGAAACAUUGACAAAUUGAACAAUUUAAUAGUGGUCUCUUGAAGGAUGUUGUAAAAUCUCUUGUUGUACAGGAAUUUAUCAAGAAUAAAAGCAAAAUUUUUAUUUAAAUUUAGCCAUAGUAUUUUGUGUAAAAAUGUUGGUAAUUUCAGCCUUGGUAGGGCUACUCUUUUCAGAUGCCAAGCACAGUCAGUGUUGAAAGACUGUGAUUAGUCUUCAGAAAGGCAUGAUAUUUUUAACUUAAAAUUCUGCCCAGUUGGACAUAGGAAGUAGUUUGGCAAUGUGAACUUUUGCCUACUGUGAAACUGCCAAGUUUCUGGUCUCCAAUUGGAUUUUAACCCUAAUGUUAGGGAUAAAGGCAUCCUUUUCAGUUUUGAGGGCUUUAGUUCCUGCAGCUCCUGUUCUUAGAAGACAGUAGACUUCUGAAGUAUGCCUUUUUUUUUUUUCCUUGUUAAAAAUCAUUUGAAAUUUCCUGUGUGUUUGCUCUUUGAAUUGAUCUCUCACUACAAGAGUUCAAGCUGUUUGUCUUUUCCUGUUAUUUAUAUUAUUAUUCAGGUGGAAAUGAUAUAUUUAAAAACUUAGACUAUAUUAGCUUUAUAUAACCAGAAUAGAAAGAAAAUGAAGUGUAGAAACAAUAAUUUGGAAAGAAAAAAAGAUGUUAUUUCCGUAGACUGCCAACAAAUGAGGUUCUUACUAGGUUAAGUAGUGGAUAUUUGUCUUAAAUAUUUUGUUAGUAUUUAUUUUGGAACAGAUUAGUACAGUAUUUUUAAAGUCACAAAACGUAUCUCUAUUAAAUAUUACGAUGCUUGAAUUACAGAACUCUGAGUAAAGGAGAAGGCAGUCUGAAAUUUGGGUGAAGUAAAAUAGUUCAUUACGUCCAUUUGAUCCUGGCGAAUUAGGAUGUUCUACAUGUAUGACCUGGUGACGAUCUGCUCCCGUAAAGAUUACAGCCUUGGAAACCCUAUGGGGCAGUUCUGCUCUGUCACACAGGGUCGCCAUGAGUCGGAAACUACUCGACUACACAAAACAACAACAUGUUGCAUGGAAGGCCUUUUAUGUUAAUUUUUAGAAUGAAGCUUGCUUCUUUACCACUUAACUUUUACUGGAGAAAUUUGAAACAUAGGAAACCUUAAAGCCAGAUUUCUGUUAAGUUUCACAGCAUUCUAAACUUAAAUAUUAAUGUUUUGCUCUUGGGCAUCAGUGCCAGAAAUGUAAAUUAAUAAUAAUAUACCUAAAUAUGCUGCUAGAUAUUCUUCAGAAUCUAUCACUGAUUGGAAAUAGGUUGUCAUGAAGUAAAAAUUCUAUUAAGCAGUAAGAGCUUAUAUUGUGAUAAGGAUGGAAGUUUUUCCUGAACAAAUCUGUAUGUAAAUAGUAAUAUAAAUUUUAAACUACUUACCUUUAAAUUUUGUUAUAUUAAGUUAGUAAUUCUACUUUAAUUUUGCUACUUUGAUAUGUGAAAAGUUAAUUUUAUUCAUUUCUAUUUUCUUAGAAAUGCAUUAACUAGCUCUUUAGGUUAGAUGAGCUUAAUGCCUGGGAGAUCAACAUCAUUUGUUAAUAUUUCUUAUAGAUUGGUUUAUUUUGUACAAAAAGAGAUUCUUUGAUGAAUACAGGCUGACAAACCUUAUGGGUUAAAGUGGGACAUGCAGUUGUAUGUAUGGCCAGCCCAUAACCCCAUAGCCUUUCACUGCUGCUGGACAAAGUCUGUCAUUGCAUAACCCACCCAUGAUCGGCUGUACCUAAAUCAUAAGGAAAAGAUGGCAUGGUGGCCCUAAACCAGUUUAUCCCUGCUUUAGUCUUCUAUUUAAGUAUCAUGGGUUUGUGUUUCAAUUUUAGGGCAUGUAAACUAAUGUUACUGGUUUCCAUUGCAAUGAAAUUCUUAACUGGAAAAUUGCUACUCAUACUUAAUUGAAUCAUUUUUUUCCUUAACUUUAACUUUCUUGGUCUGUUAUUUUCCUCUUUCACAGUGUUCCAGCUUAAAGCGGUUAUGUAUUUAAUAUGGCAUUCAAUGAAUUCAAGGCUUAUUUUGGUCUAAAUGCUUGGUUUCCAGAUGUUAUAUAUUAGAAAAAUAAAGUUUAGGUCCUUUUACUUUCCAGAGGAAACUGUGUUAAAUCUUACAAAUAUUGUUUGGUUUAUGAGAUUGUUCAUAACAGAUCUAAGUUUGAGGAUUUAAAAAGGCUCCCACCUUUAUACGCUGGGUGUCAGAAAGACUUAAAAGUUUGGCAAUUUAUUAAGGUAAAUCCAUGGAACAAGAUAUAUACUAAGGUGGUCAUGUCUGGAUGGUGAAGUUCUAAGUACUUUUUCUUUUUAAACUUACCUGUAUUUCAGCAUUUUUAUACUAAAUAUGUAUAUGUUCAAUUUGUAAUUAGAAAAAAACCCAAAUCUUUAUGUAUAAAUGCCCAUAGUUGAAAAUAUACUUGGAUUUUCUUAGCUUUCCUCUGAAUUUCUAAAGAAAAUUUUAUAUUUGUUUUGCUUGUCUAUAUAAAGAUGUAUUUUGUUGACUCCGAUGCUAAAAUGACUAGAGAAUUUUAUUAUUGUAUUCUGCUCUCUUAAAACAAAACAAUGACGAUAUAUCAUUGAUAACAGUCUUAGUCAAAAAAAAAAAAAGGCCUCCUGUCGCUGUGUGUUUUACUAUAACUUUAAUUCUCUUUGUUCAUGUUACUGCUUUGGUUGUGGUCUAAGAUAAAUUCACCUUAUGUCUAAAAUCUUUUAUAGUCAGGUGUUUUAAUGAAUCAGUAUUUGUUGUUAUGUGGUGUGUUUGUGUUAUAAAUUAUUUCAAAUUAUGUCUCAAAUCCAUAUCCUGUAGUUCAAUAUUGAGAGUGGUUUACAUCUUUAACGAUUGGAAUUAAGAUGAGAAAAUUAUGUAUAGGGUACAGAAUAAUGUCUCUUAGUCUUACGCAAGGUCACUCUGAUUUGUUUUUUGUAAUGUGUUUUAAAGUGGUACUUUCAUGGGCUAAAAACAAUUGCCUUCCUGAAUAAGGGUUAAUCUUAACUUUCAUAGGAUCAAGUUUAAUUGGGAAAAAAUUUAUUAGAGACAAGAGGAAGUUAAAAUAAAAGGUGAUGUAUUAAAUAACAAUUUAGAGUGUCAGAACUGAAGGAAAAUUUCUGAUUUUUUUCCCCCUUCUUGUACAGAUACGUAGGUAACCUCUCCAGAGAUGUCACAGAAGUCCUUAUACUUCAGUUGUUUAGUCAGAUUGGACCCUGUAAAAGCUGUAAAAUGAUAACAGAGCAACCCGAUAGCAGAAGGGUCAACUCUUCUGUUGGAUUUUCUGUUUUGCAGCAUACAAGCAAUGACCCAUAUUGCUUUGUGGAAUUUUAUGAACACAGGGAUGCAGCUGCUGCAUUAGCUGCUAUGAAUGGGAGAAAAAUUUUGGGAAAGGAGGUCAAAGUAAACUGGGCAACAACACCAAGUAGCCAGAAAAAAGAUACUUCCAAUCACUUCCAUGUAUUUGUUGGAGAUUUGAGUCCAGAAAUUACAACAGAAGAUAUCAAAUCAGCAUUUGCCCCCUUUGGUAAAAUAUCGGAUGCCCGGGUAGUUAAAGACAUGGCAACUGGAAAAUCCAAAGGCUAUGGUUUUGUAUCUUUUUAUAACAAACUGGAUGCAGAAAACGCAAUUGUGCAUAUGGGAGGCCAGUGGUUGGGUGGUCGUCAGAUCAGAACCAAUUGGGCUACACGUAAACCACCUGCACCAAAAAGUACACAAGAAAACAACACUAAACAGUUGAGAUUUGAAGAUGUAGUCAACCAGUCAAGUCCAAAGAAUUGUACUGUCUACUGUGGAGGAAUUGCUUCUGGGUUAACAGAUCAGCUUAUGCGACAGACAUUCUCACCAUUUGGACAAAUUAUGGAAAUAAGAGUUUUCCCAGAGAAGGGCUAUUCAUUCGUCAGAUUUUCAACCCACGAAAGUGCAGCCCAUGCCAUUGUCUCAGUGAAUGGUACCACGAUUGAAGGACAUGUUGUUAAAUGCUAUUGGGGUAAAGAAUCUCCUGAUAUGACUAAAAACUUCCAACAGGUUGACUAUAGCCAGUGGGGCCAGUGGAGCCAAGUUUAUGGAAACCCACAACAGUAUGGACAGUAUAUGGCAAAUGGGUGGCAAGUACCGCCUUAUGGGGUAUACGGACAACCAUGGAAUCAACAAGGAUUCGGAGUAGAUCAAUCACCUUCUGCUGCUUGGAUGGGUGGAUUUGGUGCUCAGCCUCCCCAAGGACAAGCUCCUCCCCCCGUAAUACCUCCUCCUAACCAAGCUGGAUAUGGUAUGGCAAGUUACCAAACGCAGUGAGCUGGGACUCUAAGCAAAAUUUAAUUCAUGAUAGGCUUCGGUUUCCUAUGACACUCUGAAGACAUGAAAGUAGACAUCGGAAAAUGAAAAUAUUUAUUUUAAAAUUGAAAUGUUUGGAACCUUUAGCACAGCUUUGCUUUGGUGAAGGACACAUGUCUUCUAGUUCUGCCUUUUUAAGUUUUUGUUCAUGAUGGAUAUGAACAUGAUUUUUCUUUGUGUACAAAAACUAAAAUAAAGUCAAUAAAGACAACCCUGACUGCAAA